AUGAUGAAUGAUGGAUCGUCUUCUUCAUCUAACACAAAAAUGGACAUGGAUGUAUUAGUAAAUGAAUCCUACUUGUCUGAUUUAUGCGAUAACGAUGAUCUUAAUCUCCAAGAAGCUCUCUUCUCUUCUUUGAUCGGUUCAACGUCUGCUAAGCCCAAUAACACAUCUCAAAUCCAGAGGAGUUUCACCACUUUUAUCAAGAGGAGUUUCACCACUUUUUUCAAGCAGGAGCCAGUGGAACCAUCUAGAAGGACGUUAUGUAUGAUCUGUAUGGACGAAAAGCCUUCUUCAGACAUGUUCCGAGGAUUAGUCACAUGCACUCACGCAUACUGCACUCAGUGCACCAUCCAUUACGUGGAGACCAAGAUCAAAGAAAACUCUGCGAGGAUCAAAUGCCCUGACUUGGAGUGCACGCGUUUGAUAGAGCCGUACAUGUGUAGAGAUCUGAUCCCAAGGAACAUGUUCGAGCGUUGGGAGAAAAUCUUGUGCGAGUCGCUGAUUUCUUCAUGGGACAAGCUCUACUGUCCGUUCAAAGACUGUUCAUCUGUGAUGAUUCUUGACGAUGUUGGUGGUAGUGAUGCUAAUGUGACGCAGACCGAGUGCCCUUCUUGUCACAGAAUGUUCUGCGCUAAGUGUAAGGUGGCGUGGCACGUGGGGAUUGGUUGUGAGGAGUAUGGGAAUACGAAGAAGAAGAGUAGUGAUGAAGAGGAUGCGUUGUUGGUUCAGAUGGCCAAGAAUAAGUACUGGAAAAGGUGCCCUAGUUGCAAGUUUUACGUUGAGAAAGUGGUUGGAUGUGUGCAUAUGACGUGCAGGUGUGGAUCUGAGUUCUGUUAUGAUUGUGGUUCACUGUGGGGUGAUCCUCACUCAUGCCAAUUUUUUAGAUAG